AUGGCUUUAUGGAGUUCAAAACCAAAUGAAUUGAUUCGUCGAGAUAUACAAAUUGUUGGUAUUAAUACAUCAAAUCAAAAAUAUACGGAAUAUGUUGUUGAAAUUCGUCUAGAUGAUAUUAGAUGGCAAGUGAAUCGUCGUUAUAGUGAAUUUAAUGAUUUACAUGAACAACUGGUGAAACUUUAUACCAUUGAUAAAAAUUCUUUACCACCAAAAAAAUUAUUCAAUAAUCAUUCAGAUCUAUUUGUACAAAAACGACGGCAACAAUUAGAUACAUAUUUGAAAAAUUUAUUUCUUUACUUUUCUACCAAGUCUAUUCCUGAAAGUUUAGCAGAUUUUCUUCAUUUCCAAUUAUAUGAAGUACACGGUAUUGUGAGAAAAAUGGCUCAAGAAUUAUUUCUUAAUGGUGAAAAAUUAUUAUUAUCAAAACAAGUGUAUAGAAUAACACCAUUACAGUUGCAUGCGAUUACGAAAAGGGUGAAAUUAGCUGAGCCACCAUGUGAUGGUACUGAUCCUGUUAAAGAUAUUAGUCAUGUAUUAGAGUUUUUGUGUCACGUCAAGUACGUACAAAUUGUAGGUAGUCCAGAUUACUAUGGUACUAGUACAAUUAGAACGCAAACGCUGCCAUUUGAUGUUUCAUUUUUAAAAUCAGUUGAAGAAUUAGAACUUGACUAUGUCCAAACAAAUCAAAUAAGUGGUAUUGAUAAUUUAAAAAAAAAUGCACGAAAACUUUCCAUUCAUCGAAGUUUAGCGGCAAUCAAAGAGAUCGCAUUAUCGUCAUUGGGUGAAAUUCCUCCAUUAAGCAAUGAAUGGUUAAUUAGUACAUGGAAAUUAAUCACCACACUUGAUUUCAGUAAGAAUUCAUUACGUUUUCUAGAUGAAUCAUUGAAAUUAUUUUGUAAAGCUGAAUCAUUGGAUCUUAGCUUCAAUUUAUUAGAAACAACUGUAGAAUAUCUUCAACAUUUACAUUUUUUACAGAAUUUAAAUUUGUCAAAUAAUCGGUUACAAGAUGUGGCCGACUUUUAUCAACGAGUAGGAAAUAUAAGAUCCCUAGAUUUGUCAUACAAUGAAAUUAUUUCAACUGAAGGUUUAUCGAGAUUAUAUUCACUUAUCACACUUAAUUUAAAUAAUAAUAAACUUGAUUCAGUGAAAAGUAUUGAAUCAUUAGGUAGUUUACCAUGUUUAGAAAAUCUAUUAUUGAAGAAUAAUCCAUUGACACGUAUCGUAGAUUAUAGAAUUAGAGUAUUUGCUGUCUUUCGUGAUAGAGCAAAAGAUGUUUGGCUAGAUGGACAAAUGCCUGAUCAACGAGAAAUUGAUCGUGCAAUGGUAAUUAGUGCAAUGACACGUGCAAAACAAAAUGAAGCUGCUGCCUCUACAAUGCAUAUUCGAAAUCCAGUUGGAUUAACCUCACCAACAACGUCGAAACGUCCAUCGAUUCAAAUAUCUUCCUCACCUUAUCGUCACAUGUUAACAUCAAAGCCAGUUAAUUGUCGGUCUGAAAAAUCUACAUCGAUACAAACUAUUUCAUCUUGUCCAAGUAAAAUGUCAAAUUUAAGUACUACUAUUAUUAAUAAAAUCGAAAAACAAUUCGAUCGUAACGAAAAUGAUCAAUCUUUAGCAGCAGUUAGUUCAACAAUGACUGAACUUGAUAAAGAAAAAGAAAAUGAUCUUCCUCCAGUUGAAUUUACACUACGCUCAAACACGGUCUCUUCGGUAAAUUCAGCAGUGACAGUUGAAGAAGAGAAAAAUGUCCUGUCUCAGUCUAAACCAGAUGUUCUUAUGGACGUUAUUACGGAUCACACAGGAAAUAUAGAACAAGAUAUUUUAUAUAAAAGUACAGAUUCAUUCAAUGGCGAUCUACCUCCAAAUAUAUUUAUUGAUCAAAUAACAACAACACUACUUGAUCUAACAAAUGAUACAUAG